GCCCCCCAUCUCAUCUCAGCACCCCAACUUUUUUUCUAUCAACGUGAAGCAGGAUGCCUGCUGAUGAUGGCCGGCCUGAGGCAUCCCUUGCGCCUUGUUCAUGCGCAUUGAUCGGGUCUCUAUUGCAACCAGUCACUGCCAGUGCCACUGGACUAACGGAGGCGCCUCAAGACUCCGUCAACAUCGUGAGAUUUCUGGUCUCAGUUUCGGCGUCUUUAACAGAGGACCCGUGACUGCUGCGUACCACCUCAUGGCACAAUGGCUUCUUAUCACGCGCUGGACUCGAGUGGGACAUUGGGCAAAAAAACGAAGCACAACGUCUACGUAACACAUCGUGAAGGCACAGUGGACAUGGAGGGUAUGCAGUUUUUUGUAGCACAGGGUAUGGAAUUCAGGAGCAACGAUAAGUGCCUGCUGACGCCGACUGGGGGGCCCAGCAGCUGUUCUCUAGCGGCUGAGAGACACGCGAAGCUGGCAUGCAUGGUCACACCGCUGUGGGUGAGACGAGACGCGGCAGUCAGGCACGAGGCGGCACCCCGAUCGGGGUCCGAAAACUCAACAGUAGUACACGUAGUUAGAGGUGGUGGACAGCGUGGAAUGGGAAGGGCGAGUAUUGUGUCGGUUUUCAGCGAUGACGUUGAUGCGGACCCUGCGAGCUACGUCGUCAUUGGCGAGAGGAUGAGGUAUGAUGAAAGGCUUGACCUCUGCGGCGGCGCGCGGUGAAGCGGAGGAACAAUUAAAUGAAGGAAGGGAUGUGUACUGGUAGUAGAUAGAGAGAACCGGGUGGCGACAUUGGAACGGCGGUGGCAGAGACAGAGAGAGACUGACUGUACUGUACGUGGUAUGGCAGGUGUGAGUUACAGGUA